GGGUGGUCCUGGCAUACCGUACUGAGUGCCUCGAACGCUUCCUUUCGUGCAGGCGGAGUAAUUAAUAACGCCAAACACGUACUAUCUUGAACACCGAUCCCAACAUGGAUCCACGAUAGGAUCCUGCAGCCGCUAUCUCUCGCUUCGGUCCCCUCCUAUGAGAUUGCUUCAGGGGCACUGCUCCAUACGAUUAAAAGGAGAUCCAGGAGCCCCUCUCGUGAACUCCCCCGGGUCACGCUAUCGAGAUGAUGCUCAGUUCUGCGGUGUCUGUGGUCAUUGCUGUGUCCCAACUAUAUGGCGCCGCUCAAGCAGCACAUUUGAGCCAAAGGCGGAACCUGGGCUCCGACACGAGUCAGAGGGAUGUCGGCACGGAACUGUUCGGUCGAACCACAACCAACUGCGGAACGUCAGGACCGGCCAGUUGUCACAACACGACUAUCCAGACAAACCUCUGUUGUUUUGAGGCGCCAGGAGUGAGGUUACUGGUUCAAACACAAUUUUGGGAUACGAAUCCAUCUACUGGUCCAAGUAACUCAUGGACUAUCCAUGGAUUAUGGCCUGGUAACUGUGACUUGACGUACGACACCUCGUGUGACCCCUCUCGCGAUUAUACGGAUAUUACAGGCCUCCUUAACAACGCGGGGCAGCAGUCAUUGGUAUCCUAUAUGAAUACCUACUGGGUACCCAACUCUGGGACUCCGGAAUCCUUCUGGGAACAUGAAUGGAGCACACAUGGAACGUGCUACAGCACCUUGCGGCCCCAAUGUAUCACUGGGUACACGACUGGCGAAGAGGCUGUCAUUUUCUUCGAGCGUGCAGUAGGGCUAUUCCAAACCCUUCCAACCUACACUUGGCUAGCCAAUGCCGUAAACAUGAUCACCAUUCCCCAGAACCAUGCACUCAAUCAAAUAUAUUGGUACUUCAACUUGAAGGGUUCACUAAUCGAUGGCCAAUUCGUGCCUAUCUCUGCUCCAAGAGCUGGCAGCUGUCCUAGCACUGGGAUCAAGUAUCUCCCAAGAACUAAACGAUCACCGUCAAGGCCCUAAUAAUAACUUGUUGUUCCCACUCAGUUCUGCUUGUAGAAUUUUCAGGUGCAAUACGAUCCGGCGGCUCGUUCGUUGUUCAAAUACGGAAUGAUUAUAACGUGAGAGUCCUGUAGCGCUAGUUUUGAUUUCCAUUUCGAGGAUGAGCACACGUAACAAUGCGUUGGUGAGACGCAAUGUAGUCGUAACUGCGUAUGUGCCG